AUGCAUGCGUUCGACACGGGCGGUCGGAAACUGGACGAGGACGGGAAGCCGUGGUCCUGGACCGCCACGGCGAACCGCGAAUACGAAGAGAGGCUUCGGUGCAUCCGUCGCAGCCACGUUGAGGUUGAACAGAAGCUGCUCGCAUCCGAGCCCGGCGUAGGUCAGGAUCCGGAAAACUUGGCCGACUUCUCUGGAGCCCCGCUGGCAUACGACGCCUUCCAGUCGCUGCCCAGCCACAGGCGCGCUCUCACGGUGGCCGGCUUCAGCUCCGCGCAGCUCUUCUUUAUCGGCCACUGCGUCAAGUGGUGCCGAUCGCUGACCGGGCACCGGAGCCACGGAUACGCCCGGGGUCGCUCGCGCUGCAUCGUGCCACUCAUGCACAUGCCACAGUUCUCGGAGGCCUUCGGAUGUAGCGCGAGCGAUUACAUGAACCCGGAGCGCAAGUGCUCUUUCUGGUAG